UUCGCUGAUAUAUUUCACAUGAGUGUUUUCGUUAUAUUUCAAGUAGCAGUGGUAUGGGAGGCAGUUUUGACCCCAACGCCAUGAAUGGUUUCGGGGGUUCUAGCGGAGGUUCAACAGGAGGUACAUCCGGAGGCUUUGGAGGAAGUGGGUUUGGAAGCAGUUCGUCUGGAGGGUCAACAGGAGGCGCAUCCGGAGGCUUCGGAGGAAGUGGGUUUGGGAGCAGCUCGUCCGGUGGGGCAACAGGUGGGGCAUCCGGAGGCUUCGGAGGAAGUGGUUUUGGAAGCAGUUCGUCUGGAGGGUCAACAGGAGGCGCAUCCGGAGGCUUCGGAGGAAGUGGGUUUGGGAGCAGCUCGUCCGGAGGUUCAACAGGAGGCGCAUCCGGAGGCUUCGGAGGAAGUGGGUUUGGAAGCAGUUCGUCUGGAGGGGCAACAGGAGGCUUCGGAGGAAGUGGGUUUGGGAGCAGCUCGUCCGGAGGUUCAACAGGAGGCGCAUCCGGAGGCUUCGGAGGAAGUGGGUUUGGGAGCAGCUCGUCCGGAGGUUCAACAGGAGGCGCAUCCGGAGGCUUCGGAGGAAGUGGGUUUGGAAGCAGUUCGUCUGGAGGGGCAACAGGAGGCUUCGGAGGAAGUGGGUUUGGGAGCAGCUCGUCCGGAGGUUCAACAGGAGGCGCAUCCGGAGGCUUCGGAGGAAGUGGGUUUGGGAGCAGCUCGUCCGGAGGUUCAACAGGAGGCGCAUCCGGAGGUUUCGGAGGAAGUGGGUUUGGAAGCAGUUCGUCUGGAGGGUCAACAGGAGGCUUCGGAGGAAGUGGCUUUGGGAGCAGCUCGUCCGGAGGUUCAACAGGAGGCGCAUCCGGAGGCUUCGGAGGAAGUGGGUUUGGGAGCAGCUCAUCCGGAGGUUCAACAGGAGGCGCAUCCGGAGGCUUCGGAGGAAGUGGGUUUGGGAGCAGCUCAUCCGGAGGGGCAACAGGAGGCUUCGGAGGAAGUGGGUUUGGGAGCAGCUCGUCCGGAGGUUCAACAGAAGGCGCAUCCGGAGGCUUCGGAGGAAGUGGGUUUGGAGGCAGCUCGUCCGGAGGUUCAACAGGAGGCGCAUCCGGAGGCUUCGGGGGAAGUGGGUUUGGAAGCAGUUCGUCUGGAGGGUCAACAGGGGGCGCAUCCGGAGGCUUCGGAGGAAGUGGGUUUGGAAGCAGUUCGUCUGGAGGUUCAACAGGAGGUACAUCCGGAGGCUUCGGAGGAAGUGGGUUUGGGAGCAGCUCGUCCGGAGGUUCAACAGGAGGUGCAUCCGGAGGCUUCGGAGGAAGUGGGUUUGGAAGCAGUUCGUCUGGAGGGUCAACAGGAGGCUUCGGAGGAAGUGGCUUUGGGAGCAGCUCGUCCGGAGAGGCGACAAGCAGCGGAGCAACUGGCGGCAGUUUCGAUCCAAAUGCCAUGAACGGUUUCGGAGCUUCAAACGGAGGUACUUCCGGUGGUGGUGGUUUUGGUAUGACUGGCACGGGUGGAUCAAGUUCAGGAACCGGCG